GUAGAGCAAUUGCAAUAAUUAAAUGUUUAGAAACAUAAAUAAGUCAAAUUCACGAAGACUUGAAACUUUGAGUGAAAACAUGACAAGAAGACCCCGCAACAAGUUCGCUCAUAUGCAAAGAGGACCACCCAGACACAGAAGACCCAACCCUAUGGCCAGAAAUGAGUUUGAAGCACAAGACUUCUACAGCCAGGACCAGUUCUCAGUAGGCUCCAGACCAUCAGAGUCAUUCCAAACUGAACUCUCAAAUUCUGUAAACAAGAAUCAGAUGCAAGGACCAUCACAAAUGCAAAGAACAACAGGAUUCCAACCCAGAGCCAGAAAACAGAGAUCAUCGAACAGCUGUCACGACUUCGGCUUUGCACCUGAGCUGUCUUGUGGGUUCAUAUCUCAGACUCAAGAUGCAGUUGCAACUCGUGAGCCUAUGCAGCCGAAAGAUUUGAGGUCGAUAUCUUGUGACGCUGACCAACUUGACUUGAUCCAGGUCAGUCCUGAGAAGCCCAACUACAACAUCAAGGGUGCUAGCUUGGUGUCAUCACAGUUUUCAGCAAUGGCUCCAUCCACUCAGACUCAGCAGCAAGAGUCUCAGAUCCACCCAACUCAGGAUGGCUUGAUGUCACAACAAGUUCAGUCAGCUCAACUAGCUCAGUCAGUUCAACCAGCUCAGCCUGGUGAGACAGCUCAGGCACAGAUUGAUCAGCUGAGUUCGAAGCUUGACUCAGUCAUGAGUUCGAUUUUGUCACAGCUGAAUCCUUCGCUCUCUCAAUCUCAAAAUAUGCCAACUGCUCCAGCUGCUCAGGAUGAUGCAGAGCAAGUCAAGAUGGCUGCAGAUACAGUCAUGACUCAGAAGUCGACUCAGCCAGCAACUCAGGUCAGCAAGCAAACCAAGUAGCUUCAAAUCCAAGGCAGUGAAGCCAGUACCAAGACAUCGCCAGUUGAAUGCAGAUUGUGAUGAAGUCAAAGAACAAGACAACUCUGAUGACUCUGAUUACGAGCGUAGAAAUAUCUUGAGUGAAGAUUGCAGAUCUAGUUCAUCUGAACAUGAAAAUGAACAGGAACACAAAUAAAGCCACUAAAAAGCGCUUAAAGACAAAGAAGUUGAGCAACAAUAAGAAACUUAUCAAAGAGACACCAGAAAUAUCACACAAGCGUCAGAGAGGUAGAUCCAGAAAGAUUGAGGCAAAACCUUCUAAAACAUGAUCGAUUCCUGCAUCUAAGAAAUAUAAACAGACUAGACUAAUUUCUGAAAUAUUACCAAAGAAGAAACAAGGAGUCCGCUUUUCUAGAGACAGAAAGAUUCAAUCUAAAAUUUGAGGUGUUCUUACUCGAAGAAUGUCUCAAUCCUUUUCUGAGGAUCAGAGCAGCUCAGCCUCUAGCGAUUCAUCAGAGAGUAGAUCAUCCCAUAUUGAAGAUUCAGCAACUUCAGAGGAAAGCUUGACUUUGUUCGAAGAUCCUGAGAGAACGGCAAGCUACUUGAUUAAAAGGCUGCAGACAUUGGCCAGAAAAGUCGAUUUGGUCUUUUCGAACGUGAAGUUUGGCCCAAGCCAAGAUUUUAGUGAAAGUGGUAGUGCAGAGGGAGAUGGAGUGAGAAGAGUGGGGAAGAAGGAGUUUAAGAGGUUUGAUAAUGAGAUAAGAAAGGUCGGAAGGAGGACUGGGUUAUUGGGGACUGCGUUUUCCACUGCGAUUAGGUUUAGGAAGAGUUUGUUUCCGCAAGAGGAGGAGCCGUAUCCCCAAGUCCCUCUUCCACUUACUUCUCAAUACCUCUAGGAGUCUAUCAGCCAAGAUCACUGAAGAAGAAGCGCGAAGGGGGUAACCCCUUUGCGUCUCCUCUGCAUUUGAUUAUCCAUGCAGAUUCCCAGCUUAAGAAGGAGAUUGAGCUAGUGCUCAAGAGGCUUGCUGAUGACAAUUAGAUUAAGGAAUAAAGCCCAGAUUUCUAAGGAUUUCAAUAAGG